AUGUUUUCAAGAAGAAGAAAUACAUAUCAACCUCAACAGAAUGUAUACAAGGGGGUAGGAGCCAAUAAUAAUACAAAUCCAGGGGCAUUGGCUGCUGCAAAAACAAUUGGAAAUGCUAUGAAACAAAAGAAUGGCAAUUCAGGGUCCAACGUUUCAAUACCUAGAUCACAGUCGUUUCAACAACCAAUAAUAUCAAGUACAAAUAAUAAUGGAAGUCUAUUGAAAAGAGGCUCAAGGUCAAAUAUUCAACAACAACAAUUUCAACAACAACCACGUAGACUUUCAAAUGGAUCUUUCUCAUCUUCAACUUCAAACAAUUCCCCAAUGACAAAUGAUUCAUACAAUAGAACAAUAAUUCAUGAUAUAGAUGAUAGUUUCAAUGAUUCAUAUUUAGAUGAAAUUACAGAAGAAUCAAAUCAAAUUUAUUUGAAUAAUAAAAAAAAUUUACAAGAUUUAAAAUUACCACUGCAUCAAAAUGAAAUUCAGAAACCAGUGAAAAUGGUGAAAAAAUAUGUUCCGAGUCCGACUGGUAUUAAAAUAAUUGAAGUACCUGAAUCAAGCUUUGAAAAAGAGAUAGCAAGACAUAACUCCAUGAGAUCGAACUCAUUGAUGUCUAGAUCUAAUUCGAUGAGAAACGUAUCACAUAAGAAACCCGCUUCUAGAUCUUCGUCUUUAACUAAUAAACAACUAAAAUCAGCACCACAAAAGAGAUCAGUAAGCUCACCAUUAAAAAUGCAAUCUAUGAAUGAGAAUGUUGAUUUAGAAGAAAAAUUGGGUAAAACUCAAGAAAAACAAGCACAAGAAGCUAAAUUGAAAGCCUUGGAGAAAGAAAUAGAACGUGAAAAACAACUUGCAAAAGAUUUGGAACUGAAAAGACUAGAAUACGAAAAAUUAAAGAGGGAAAGACUUGAGAAUGAGAAGAAAAUGCUUGAGUAUGAAGCUGGAAAUGUUGAAAUCAAUAGAGAAAGCUCAAUAUAUGAAGAAGAAGAAGAAGAAGAGAAAGGAAAAGAAGAAGUACCUAUUACUCAACCAAAUGGAGUUAUAAAUGAGUUUGAAAAAUUUAAAGAAAAUAGAGAUGAACUUUCACAAGCAAAUGAGAAAAUUGAUGGUCAUGCUAUUGAAGAUAAUACUGAAGAUAGUGUAAGAAUUUCAGUGCCGGUACUAUCGAUUGAGAAACCUCAAUUGACUAAAUUAAAUUCCGACUUUACUAAUAGUGAAGCUUUUGAAUCAAAUUUGGAUUUAACAGAUUUCAAAAGUUUGGAUCCAGGUCAUUCUACUUCAGAGUUGGGGAUAAUAAAUCAGUAUAGUGAAUUGAAAGGAUCAGAUUUGGAAGAAGAUACUGAUGAUGAAAUUGUUGAUGUACCUGAGGUUGUUGAUGAAACUAUUGAAAGUGAAGCUGUACCUGAAACGGAGGUACCAAAAAUUGUUGAAGAAUCAGAGAGUGAGCAACCAGGUACUAAUAAUCAGACAAGUACCGAAAGUUCAGACACGUUAUUACCGCCAGUGGUUGCACCUGCAACUGGCGCAAGCUCAAAAUCUUCAGUAUAUUCGGGUGAUUCCAACAAAAAACCUAUAAAAUCUGCAAUGAAAUCAUCAUCUUCGUUUAGUCAAUUACCAUCAUCAAAUAAUGCAAAAUCAAAUGCUGCUCAUCAAGCUUACUUAUCUUUGACAACAGCUGAGAAUACAAGAUUAAAUUCAAAAUUAUCAAAUUCACAAUUGAGUGGGGGUAGUCAAACCAAUCUUAAUAAUCUUUCAGCUAAUGAUUUGUAUUCUGGAGGAUCUGGUGGAGCAUACCCUCAAUUUGGUGCUUCACAAUUACAAAAGCAGCCAAUGAAGAGAUUGUCACAACAAACUUUAAGGGCCAAUCCUCAACAACCACAGAUACAACAACAACAACAACAACAAUCUCAAGAUUACAGGUUAUCAAUGAGACCUAAGCAGCAGCAACAACAACAGCAACCUCAGCAACAACAUAGAUUAUCAUUAAGAGCCCCACCACCUCAACAACAGCAACAACCAAAAGGAAUGAGCAAUAGAUCAUUACGUCCAACGUCACAGGUGCAACCAAUUGCAGCUCAUCCAGCUUUACAGCCAGGUUAUGUAUCACCCUCCAAGAUAAAGGCACAAGAAUUGUAUACAAAAGCUCAAUCCAGACCGUAUUCAGAUUUCAAGGCACCAGCAAGGAAUCCAAAUAGACCAGUUGGCAACAGUCAGCCUAGAACUACAUUAAGAGAUUCAACAGCACCUACUGAAGCACAAAAUAAUGGUUCCAAUAAUCCUUAUGAUCAAACAGGAAAUGUUCAUGCAAAUACUGCUAGUGGUAAUGGAAACGGAUUUAAAUCUAGAUUUGCUGAUUCUGAUGAUGAUUUACCAAUGAAGAAGACUUUUAAUUCCAAGUUCAAUGACUCAGAUGAAGAUUUACCAAAAACACAAACCCAAAACUACAACUUCACUCAACAACAAUCACAAUUACAGCAACAACCUUUACAACAGUUUUCACAGCAACAACAACAACACGGCUUAGGUCAAACAAAAGAGAAGAAGAAAUUUGGUGGUAAGUUAAAGAAAUUAUUCUCAUCCAAAAAAUAA